GUAAACCAAAACCGAAACACAUCCUUAAUAUCUAGCCUUGAUGUUUAUGGGGAAUUAUUAUCCUGGUAGCCCUUACCCUUCAACUCUCCCCCUUAUCAAGGAAGCCCUUGCUCCUUCCAUCUUCAGUCAUUUCAGGACAGUCCUAAACCCUUCAACCCUUUACCAUAACCCGUAUGAUAGCCAAUUUUAAUCCUUUCUCCUCUAGGACACCUGUUGUCUCUCCUGGGGUAACAAGUUUCACUCUGAAAGCAGCAGCUGACUUUUUUUCUUCAACUCUCAUUCCCAACUUUGCAAGAUCGAUCAGCAGAAGAAAGGAAUGCAGAAACAUGCAAAUAGAUAAUGGAGAACAUGCAUUAGAUCUGAGUCAUUUGGAUGAGGAAGAUGUUAUCAUAUCCAAGGGUUGCAUCUUCAGAACUCCGGGCAUGAUCAAAAUGCAAAAUGAACACGCUUAUACGCCCUAUAGAUUUUCAUUUGGUCCUUGGCAUUUCGGUAAAGCACAGCUGAUGAGCACUGCACAAGAAUUCAAAGAGGCAUUUCUUGAUGGACUCAUUUUUUGUUUCCCAAAUUCGGCAGCAAAGAUGAAGGAGUUGGAAGAAGCCAUCAAAGAGGCACAUAGCAAGGCUAGAGAAUGCUAUGAGGGAGAGGAUGUUUAUGAGCUCGAGGGAGAUCAGGAUAUUCAGGAGGGAGUUAUGGAUGCUGCCAAGGAAAACUUUGAGAAAAUCUUGCUACUUGAUGGUUGCUUUAUUAUCGAGUUGUUUCGGAAGUUUGCAAAAGGGGUAGCUAAACGUGAAGAUGAGAGUACUCUUCUCAAAGGAGUCUCUGAAAGCGAGAAUACUUUAGUUGGACUUGCAAUUGGAUUCCUCGGUUCCGCUUUUUCACAGGAUCUAAGUCAUCAAAUACCGCCAGAGCUUCUUUCCAGCGGCUUGAAGAUUGUUCACCUCAUUGACCUUGCUAGGCGUUGUUUAGGUUCAUCGAAAGGGGGAAAAACUUAAUGAGGCAGGAGUCAAAUUUGAAAAAGCCGAAUCGUCAAGAAAAAUCUUGGAUGUAA